AUGGAUGCAAAGAUGCUAAGGAGCCAACUUCGAGCCGGCGAGAUCUUCCGUGCUUUCAACGACAGUGAGCGGGAGGACAUAUGGAGCAGACUACAGAUGAUAGAGGGCUUGAUUCCAUCCUUUUAUACGCUCUUUAGGGACGUCCAAUAUUUGGAGCAUUGCGUGAACUGCGUGAAAAGGCUAACGGCAUUGUCCCCACAGCAGACUCUUUCCACUUCCAUGAAAGGAAGGUUUACUGGUGUCAACCAGAGACAGGGCCAAUUGAAAGUGCAAGUCGCCGAAGACAAGUUUAUAUACAAGCAUGGCACUCCUCAAGACCAGGUCGACUUUGGGUAUCGACAGAUACACGCCUUUGCCAUGCGAAAUUGGCCCAACAUGCCUAAAGAACCCGGAACAGAGGACCCACAGAUGAAAACUCCAAUCAAAGCGGAUCUGGAUACCCUACGCCGUUUCGCUGAUCUCGCAGCCGAAUUGGGGUUCAAGUCUGACCAGAUCACUAACUUGCAGCAGCAUCCAGAGAGUGGGAAUGCGCCAACAGAACACCCACAAUCGAGACCCAUCCUUGUCACGUCUGGGAAAGGCGUUCCCGUCAAGAAAAGGUGUUGGAAGCCGAGCACUCGCGAAUUCAAGGAGGACCAACAAUUCUUGUUCAUCAAUCAUCUACAUGAUGAGCGACAAGAGCAAGGAAGCAGUGUCACAUCCCUCUUUGUCCGGAAAUCAGUGUACUUGGCAUUCUUCGGUAAACCGUCCGCAACACAUGAUAUCGGCCAGACAGAUGACCCCCCUCAGAGCGUAGGCGGUUCGCCACAAGCCUCGGGAAUACAUGAGUCCACCUUCUCACCAAACGACAACACAAGGCAGUCUGAGCGAUCAACAGAGCAUUCGGGGGAGAAUUACGAUGGUAUAUUGACACUCUACCAGCAAAGAGAGGCUAGAAGUGAACAGAGCGCACGUUCGAAUAUCACGGAAGAAGAGGCUACGGAACCAUCAGAGGGAACUGUGGACGUGGACAGUAUGCAAGACUGGCUGGAAGAGCAGGAGCGUGAGAGGAAAGAGCAAGAGAGACUGGAGCUAAGGAGGCUAGAAGAGACAUUAGAGCGGGAUGACUUGAACGAAAGAUUCACACAAGGGCUACAAGCGCAAGAAAACCUAGAGCAAGAGAAGGAACGUGAACAGGAACAGAAAAAGCGAGAGCACGAAAGACAGGAGGAAGAGUCUCGGCGGCAAGAGACUAGGCAACAACAGAGACGAGAAGAGGAAGCUCGGUUACGGGAGAGGACACUCAAGGACUCCGAGCGGAAGAAGAAUCGGCACACACAAUUUGAUUUGGAGAAUUUGGAGCAGGGCAGACGAGAUCAGGAGAGACUAGAGCAGGAGAGACGGGAUCAAGAGAGGCGGGAUCAAGAGAGUCUUGAUCAAGAGAGGCGAGAGAAGGAGAGACGGGAUCAAGAGAGGCGAGAGCAGGAGAGACUUCACCAAGAGAGUCGGGAGCAGGAGAGACAGGAUCAAGAGAAACUUGAUCAAGAGAGGCGUGACCAAGAGAGCCGGCAACAAGAGAGCCGGCAACAAGAGCAAGAACAAGCCGGUAAUCAGGAGAUUAGAGGCUCAGAGUUGCAAACAAUAAUUGAGAGACAGGUAACGUACAUUGUCCAACCUUCAUUUUAACAUGCUUACCUCUACAGGAGGCAACUUCGCUGCCUCACGACUCACCGGGCCUUAUCCGUCUUACGUACUGGAUUUGGGAAAGAGGUGAUUGGCGAGCAUCUCAAAUUAUGGAUGUAGAUUCCUCAGACCCAUCUGAAGUCAAGCGAUUGGCGGUAAAGUAUAUGAGAAAGCGGAUAAGGCUAUUUGACACUGAUUUCAAUAUACUGACUCCUGCCGAUUGCUUUGACGCAGUGACCGCUGGUGGAAAAAACACUAUCCUGCUUAUUCCGGAGGGUGAGAUUGACAUUAGUGAGGAACUUGAGGCUUCUGCCCAGUGUGGGCAAUAG